UGAUGGUUAAGAAAACUAGUAUUGUAAUUGUAAUCAGAAAAAAUAAUUAAAAUGUCUUUACCAUCUAUGUUACCUUCUUUACGAGGCAUAGUAAUUAAUCCAGUAUGGUUUAAUGUAGAUAGUCCUUGCGAUGACGAGGCUGAUGUAGCUGGAUUAGAACAGGAACAUCAAUCUUGGUUGAACUCAAUCGCUCAGUUUAACAUAGAUACUGUACCUAUCGGCAAGUUAACUAUCGAACAUCUUUCUGAAGAACCUGAUACAGAUGAUGAAGAUGAUGAUACAGAUAGUCAUGAUGAAGAAGAUGACGAAGACAUGAUUUUAGAUGUAACAGGUAGAGGUUACAUACCACCAGAGGAGUUAAGAGGACAACCCCAAAAUAUAGCUGCACAACAUGCUGUAAGCAGAUAAAUCUGAUGAGGAUUGAUCAUUGAUCAUGAACUAAUAUAGUAAUAAAAUUGAUAUUUUACUGUAAGUUGAAUGUAAUUGUAUUUGUA